CCCCAAAUAUACUCUAAUAACCUCACUCCAAACCCAAUCAAGCAUAUAGACCUAAGUAAUCCAAAUAUAAAGGAAAAAAAUAGCAACGAUCGGCAUAACUAGCCUCGAAAGUCUUUGAUAUAAGAAAUUUUAGGUAUGAAAUAGCCUAUUUCUGACAAUAAAAUACAAAGCACACUUUAAGAAAUUCAUCGUUAAUAGUAACUUAACUAAGAAGAAAUCUAAUAAUAUUAGUAAUAGACAUAAAAUUAUUUAUAAUCAAAAGUCAAUAUAUCUUUAAGGGAAUUAGAUGAAAAAAGCGAAAACUUCAUUAAAACAACGAAAAAACCGACUAAAGAUUAAAUAAACUUUAUUUCAGAAUCUUUUAGUAAUCACUCUGUUUUUUAUAUUUUAUAAUAAGAGCAAAAAGAAGAAAUAAUCUAGAAAAUGUUCAAUUGUGAAUGUUCUAAAGGCGAAUUUUUAUUUCGUUAAAAUGAUAAUGCUUAUUCUUUCUUUAUUCUCGAAAAAGGAAAUAUUUAAAUCGAAAUUGAUGGGAUUGAGAAAAAAUAAUUAGGUCCAGGUGCUGGAAUAGGUGAAUUAGCACUCCUAUACUGCACUUCAAGAACUGCUAGUGUUAAAUGUUUGAGUUAUUGUGAGUUUUGGGUCAUUGAUAAAACUACAUUUAUAGAAAUAAUUGAAGAAAUCGUCCAUAAAGACUUCCAAGCAAACCGAUCUUUUAUGGAAAGUGUUGCCUUCUUUUUCUUUAUGAGCGAUGAUUAGAAAGAUGCCAUUGCCUCUGCAUUGAUUUCAGUGAUGUUUAAACCUGGCUAGUUUAUUGCAAAUGAAGGAGAUAGGGCUGAUUCUUUUUAUUUGAUUAAAGAAGGCAAAGUUUCGAUUUGGAAAGAUGGAAAAAUGAUAAGAUAUUUAUAUGUAGGAGACUCUUUUGGUGAAUAAGCGCUUUAUGUUAAAUCAACAAGAGCGGCUUCUAUAAAGGCAGAAGAUGAUGUAAAAUUACUAUCUUUAGGAAGAGAGCAUUUAAAGAAAAUUUUGGGUGGUAAAGUUUAAAAAAUAGUUUACUUAAAUAGAUAAAGAUGGGCAUUUAGUAAUAAUAAAUUAUUAUAAAAUCUAACAAAUAUUUAAGUUGAGAAAAUUUCUAUAUAAGCCAAAAUUUCCAAUUUUAAAAAAGGCACCAUUUUGUUCGAAAAAGGAGAUUAUUGCGAUACUUUAAUUGCAGUCCUUGAAGGGGUUAUAAAAGAGGAAAAUUCAGGCAAUAUAUAAGCCGAAAUGGGUUAAAUAUUUGGAGAUUAUUACUUACUUUAGCCUAAUUGUAAUAAAUAAUUUGAAGAUCGAAUAAUAGUUGAAAAAGAAGCAGUCUUAUCCACAAUUUCAUUUAAACUAUUCUAAAAAUGUAUCGGUGGAGACAUUGAAACUGUAAUUAAAAAAAACGAAAACUCACAUGAAUUAAAAAUGAAAAAAGAAAACUAAAAAGAAGAUUAUUCAUAUAUAAAAAUGGAAGAUUUAAUUCAUAUAAAAAAACUUAAUGAAGGCGAAUUCGGAUCAGUGCAUUUGGUUUAAAAAAAAUAAUCUAAGAACCUCUAUGCACUUAAAUGCAUUUCAAAAAAAUUAAUUUCUACCUUAAGUUUAGAAAAACAUGUCCUUUAAGAAAAACUAGUCUUAGAAUAAAUACAAUUUCCCUUCAUAAUUUCACUAGUAAGGACUUUUAAAGACUAAAAAAACCUUUAUCUAUUACUCACAUUUAUAAAUGGACAAUAAAUGUUCGAAGUAAUUAGAGAAAUCGGACUUUUAUCUUCUUGUGAUGCCUAAUUUUACAUUGCCUCUUUAAUUUUAUCUAUUGAAUAUUUGCAUUAGAGGUAAAUUAUAUACAGAGACAUUAAACCAGAAAACCUUAUUGUAGACAAAGAAGGUUAUAUGUACUUAAUAGAUUUAGGUUAGUCGAAAAUCCUUAAUAAAGGAAAGCAUAGAGGAAGGACUUUCACCAUAAUUGGGACUGCUAAUUAUAUGGCACCUGAAAUUAUUAAAGGAAAAGGCUAUUCUUUUAAUGCUGAUUUAUGGAGUAUAGGAGUACUUUUAUAUGAGUUUAUGUCGGGAAUGGUUCCUUUUGGAAACGAAAAGAACGAUCCUUAUGAAAUAUAUUAAGAAAUAUUGAAUAAAGAUGUUAAAUAUCCUGAUUAUUUUAAAGAUAAAAAGGCUAAAAGAUUAAUUGAUUAGCUACUUUCUCUUUAACCAUAAUUAAGGUUGGGUGGAAGUUACGCAUCUUUAAAAAAUCAUGCUUGGUUUGAUAAUUUAGAGUGGGAUUUGCUAUAUAAUAAAUAGUUAAAACCUCCUUUUAUUCCAGUGGAUGAUUGUAUUAUUUAAUAGGAUGAAAUCAAUAAAAAAUAUGUUAAAAAUAAAUAUUUUUUGUAAUAUAUAAAUUAAGAAUAUAUAGAUGAAUCAGAAAAAUAUACAAAUUUAAAUUUGGAUUUAGAUAAUUAUUUUUGA